GCCCACUCCGGCGUCAUGACGUCAUUUGUUGAAAUUACCGGCCGUCUUUCUCUCUCACGCGCAGCUCCGUUACAGAUUCCUGACCGGACUUCAAGCGACUGAGGAAAUUUUUAAUAUUAUUAUUAUUAUUUUUUUCUUCCAAAAUGGGAAACUUUCAGCCAACAAUUUUUCCUUAUGAGGAGUUUGACGUCAUGGCAGACAUCAAGGCCAUCCGCAAAGCCUGCAAGGGUUUAGGCACUGAUGAGAAAGCCAUCAUUGGAAUCCUGGCUAAUCGCUGUGCGGCUCAGCGCUUGGAGAUAAAGCAGGCUUACUUCGAGAAAUACGAUGACCGAAAGAAUAUAAGAGAGGCCGCUGAGGGAACGGCUGUUUAUAGCUGCUCUAACGAGCUGGUGGAUGUGCUGAAGAGCGAGCUGUCGGGGAAUUUCGAGAACGCCAUCCUCGCCAUGCUGGACCCGCCACACGUGUUCGCCGUGAAGGAGCUGCGCAAGGCGAUGAAAGGAGCGGGCACCGACGAGGACGUCCUGGUGGAGAUCCUCUGCACUGCCACCAACGCUGAUAUUGCUACUUACAAAGAAACCUACUUCCAAGUGCAUGAGCGGGAUCUGGAGGCAGAUAUCGCCGGAGACACGAGCGGUGAUGUCAGGAGGCUGCUCACUCUGCUCCUCGAGGGAAAUCGAGAUGAGAGUUAUGAAGUGGACGAGGCUCUGGCUGAACAAGACGCCAUGUCACUGUUCGAGGCCGGAGAGGGCUGCUUCGGCACAGACGAGUCGACGUUCAGCUACAUCCUGGCCACCAGGAACUACCUGCAGCUCCAGGCCACGUUCAAAACCUACGAAUCUAUUUCUGGAACGGAGAUUCUGGAUGCCAUCGAGAACGAAACUUCAGGAACGCUGAAGAAGUGUUACAUCGCGCUGGUGCGAUGUGCUAAGAAUCCGCAGCUGUAUUUCGCUCGGCGUCUGAACGCAGCCAUGAAGGGAGCAGGCACUGACGAGGACACCCUCGUUCGCAUCAUCGUCGGCCGCUCCGAGAUCGACCUGGAGACGAUUAAGGACAUGUACCUGGAGAAAUACGACGUGCCACUGAAGGAAGCCAUCAGCUCGGAGUGCGGCGGAGACUUCAAGCGCCUCCUGGUGGCCAUCUGCCAUUAAGGCAGUGAAAGAAAAGAAUCAGAUGCUUGGGUUAAUAAGGAGAAACUAACUAACACAACUGACCCUGGGUCCUAGUGCACACAUGUCCAGUUCAACACUAUCCCUACAGUAGUUCUGAUGUGGUAUUUAGUGCAAAUCCUGACCUGGCGCUCAGAUAGGCUGUGAACAAAACACUGUUUUGAAGGUGCAUGAAGAAAGUACAUAUGAUCUCUAUUUAAAAAAAAACAACAACAAAAAAUCAUUUUUAAGGUGAAAAUGUAACAAAGGUCAAAGGUUAACCAGCACAACCAGUGGAAAGUUAACUCUAUAUCCAUUAAGUAAUGCUAAAAUAUGAUCUGUAAUACUAAUAAUACAAUGCCAGUAUGUUUGUUUUACGUUAUUUUGUCAUAAUUCCAUGCCUGAUCUAUUUUUGGAAAAGAUUGUGAAGCGCCCCUAUUUCUCGCUCUCUAUCUAGGAUGACCGCGCCUCUUCAUACCGAACUUGAACAUGCUUCGGCGAGUGAAAACAAUUUUGCUAUGCAGUUUUAAUUUGCCUGUCAGCUGCGAACGAUAAAGAAUCACGAAGGACACGAGUGAAGUACAAAAAAAAAAAAGAACCUUUCAUACGUAAUUUUCAAUCAGACAUUUUAUAACACAAAAAAAAACACAAAACACCGGGUCGUGAAGUAAGAAAGUCGAUGUCGCGUAGCUUUAGCUUUUUCAACUAACCAUGAUCAGCCUUGUUUUCCUCAUUGUAUACUAACACAAAUAUAAUAUAUUUUUAACGUAUUAGUAUGUUAUAUUUUACAUCGUAAAUUAUAUUUAGUCACAGCUUAUAGCUUUAAUGGUAAAAAUAGUCUUAAUGGCACUGUUGGGAUGAGUAAUGUCACGCGGUGGUCCGCUGUGGUCUUUUUAAAAUACCUGUCACAUUCUCGAUAUAAAAAAAUGGCAGCUGGGUUUUUAACAACUAGAUUUUAAUUAGUUCAACUGGAUCGUCCUUUACUUCCUGCGGCAAAGCAGGACGUCAGCGAGCUAAUAUGUUGUAGCUGUUUUACACAAGAACGACGUCACUCCACGGGACCAGGCACUAUCUUAUGGAAAGACCAAAACGUUGACUGAUGAAAUAAACACAUCCAAGAAUUUAAAUAUCCCAAUAAAAUAUUAACAGAAAUUGUAA